AUGGCCGACCUCGCCGAAUUAUUCGCCCGCGUCAAGGCACAGUCCGCCGACGGACAGCAGCAGCAGCAAGCGCAGCCUUCACUUUGGGCCGCACAACAGCAGCAGCAGCAGUACCAGCAGCCGAACAUCUCGUCGCCCAUCUUCUCACCGCCCGUGCAAACACCAAACCCACGUCAAUCGAGCGACAUCCUCAGUCCAGCACAACCAGCUUCGUCCGCCGGCACACCAGGUCAUGGCCAAGCUCCAGAUCUGAACCGCACCAACAACCUUCUGAACUUGCUGAAGUUUAACGGUCAAUCAGGCCAGCAACAAGGCCAAGCAGGCCCAAUGGCAGAUCUACAGAAUGUGGGAGGCAACCGCCCGACUUCGAUGAACGCGGUACCCAGCGUCGCCUCUCGCAGCAGCAGCUACCACGGCCACCAACGUCCGCUAUCAGCUGCCGACUUGGUAUCGAGUCUCCAACGCCACACGUCUGUUCAGCAACCGUCGCCACUCGCAGCUGGCGGCGCAGAGAGGCCAGAGGCGCAGAGAACUGCAAGUGGCAGCCCACAGGACUUUUUGCUGAAUCUUCUCAAGAAGCCGAACUCACAGGCUGCAGCUGCAGCACCAAUCAACGAGCUCGCACCCGCAGAAGUGAAGCAAGAGUCGGACAUCGAGGCAUUGACACAGAACAUGGCACAGACAACCGUGGAGUCACCCUCGCAGCCCCGCUCUCAGCGCGGCUCUACUCCAGUGCGUCAGUUCGGUAGCCCAGCCGCCGCCAGCUCGCCGUUCGAAGCACCACAGCCGUCAAAGGCUUCAAUGUUCAACUACCGCAACCCCUUCGAUGAGCUCCAUUCCUCCUCGCCACUCAACCGCGACCGCACACCGCAGCCCGAGCAACAGGUACAGGCUGUACAUGCUGUGCAGCCCAAGAAGAUCGAGAUCCUCAAGCACAACCGCGAUACAUCAUCGAAUAACAAUGGUGACUCCGCAGCACCAGCUUCAAAGAGCAGGAAAUUGGAAUCAGAGGGCACCGCUUCGGCAGCCGCUGCGGAUAAGCCACUCCAGAGUGUUUCGGAAGCUCUCGAGGGCGUUGGUGAGCAGGUCGAUAAGCAGGUCGAGCAGGCUCUGGCACAGGCCGGCAAGAAAGUCACUUCUCGCAAGGCGGUCCCAACAGCAGGCGAUGCUACCAACGACGAGCAUGAAGUGAAGAAAGAGAAUCCUACAAGCGACGGCGUUGACUCUAGUUGGGAGAGCGCCGAAGAUGAUAGGCAAGAAUCAUCAGUGGAGGUCUACAACUUCCCCAUGAAGCCCUUUGUCUCGCUGCAAAUCAAGGCUGCCAAGCCAGCGCGAUCAGUACGCCAGGACAACUUUAUGGUCAUCGCCCAGCUGAAGAAGGAAUUUGAUCAAAUCGACCGCUGCCUCGUCACCGCCAGCCAGACGCAUAUAGUGUAUGCUCAGGUCGCGACGAAGAAGGACAACGGCGGUUUCCGCAUCAUUCGACAGGAUACUGGCGAUCACAAGCAGGUCUUCCGCUCGAGUGGCGAGCGCAUCUUCCACGUACAGCUGUGCUCAUCUCCAACAAGUGGCAGCGACGUCGAGAAUGUGCUCGGAACAGGCGUCAACGGAUCUGUAUUCUGGACCACGCUCGGCAAGACUCGUGGUGAUCUGUUCGCCGACGACGACGUUGAAGGCCAGGGCUUUGUUCUCCCACCCGUCCACACAGCAGAAGAAAACACCUCGGGCUCGCCGGUGAAGACUCGAGCCAAGAUGAGCUCACGUCAUCCAGACUACUUCGCUGUUGCCCGAGGCAAGCAGAUCUACAUUGUGUCUCCAGAUGCGGCCAAGGAUCAAGUAUAUGCUUCCAAGGACCGCAAGGUUGACAGCGAGAAGUUCUUCAACGACCAUUGCCCCAAGAUCAACACAGGGAAAGCGGGCAAGGACUUCUGCUUCAGUGAGGAUGAUUCCGUCAUUGUCAGCCUCGAUAAGAACGGGCGAUUCAAGUUUUGGGACAUCCGCGACCUGACAGCACGCGCUACCAGUACGACAGAGGACAAGCGCGGCGGGAUUGAGCUCAAAGAACCCUUGUGGACAAUGAACGCGGCGGCUUCUGGCAGCAAGCCUGAUGAGAAGCCUUCCGUCUCGUCCAUCAUGUUCUUGGACAAGGAGAGGCCAGUCGCCAAGGGUGCCGCUCUGCGUUACAUGAUCAUCGGCUUCAAGCAAAACCACAUCCUGCAACUGUGGGAUCUUGGUCUUGGUAAAGCCGUGCAAGAGAUUCGCUUCCCGCACGAGAAGGACAGUGACGGUAUCUGCAGCAUCAGCUAUCACCCAAAGACCGGUAUUGUUGCUGUCGGCCAUCCUACUAGAAACAGCGUCUACUUUGUUCACCUCAGCGCGCCCAAGUACAACAUCCCGUCAAUGGAGCAGGCCAAAUACAUCAGCAUGUUGUCUCGCAACGACCCGGGUCUUCCAAAGCCUGAGAGCACAGCCAUUAUGAGUGGACUUAGAGAGUUCUCUUUUGCAAGGGUUGGGCAACUCAGGUCCGUUGACAUGCUGAGGACGCCGGUGGAGAACGCCAGCGAACGCGGCACUGCCGAGGAGACCCUCUUCGAAUUGUACACUAUGCACUCGAAGGGCGUGGUUGGUAUCAGUAUCAAGCGCGAGGACCUCGGCUGGGAUGCACAGAGCAAGGUCAUCAAUGGCAAGGAUGGCCUGAAAGAGGGCGCUAUCGAAGUGCUCGAGCUUCAACAACCGCACAAGCUACCAGUUUCGACCACGCAGUCAAGCAACGGUGAUAACACACCCAAGUCGACUUCGAAGCCAGCGUCCGUCAAGAAAGAGCCGCAGCCGCAGCCGACGUCAUCAAAGUCAGAGAUCAAGAAGGAGCGCGUGCACUCACCAGCACCACCGCCGAACGGCCUUCCUCGAAUGGCAUCGCCAGAGCCACCGAACAGACCCUUGCCACAAGUCCCUGCCAACCCACCGCUCGUUACACCGGAAUCGUACUCUCAGACAGCGCAGCGUGCGAAGUCUCCUGCCAAGCCACCCAUCGAAGACGCUGCAGAAGCCGCUAAGACGAUGAUCGUUUCGCCUCGCGGUAGUCAACCAUCUCUUGCAGCUGCAGCGAACGCCGACCCGGCCGAGCUUCAGUCGAUGCUUGAUCGUCAGUUCGGGUCUCUGUACCAACGCAUUGAGUCCGACAAGCGCGUCAUCGAUGCUGCCUCGUCAGCUAAGCAGGACGCACUCCUACGCCUGGUUGAAUCCGCUCUGACCGAGAACGUGGACAGAAGUCUGACCAACAUAAUCGCCACCCGUAUCGAGCAGGAUGUCAUCCCCGCCCUGACCGAUGUCACCAGUAAGGUGGUCGACCGCAAGAUUGCGGAAUCAUUGCCACAGCAGCUGAACACAAGUGUCGCUGCUGCGAUGAAGUCGACACUCUCAGGCACACUCCAGAAGGCUCUGCAGGACAAGGACGUGCAUCGCACCAUUUGUGACAUCACUGCCAACGCCGUGGCUACCAAGGUACAGCAGCAAGUUUCCACCAUGUUAGCACAGCACCUGCCAAACAUGGCCACGCAGGCAUCGCAGAAGAUGAUCUCUGAUCUCGAGAAGCGCAUGGCCCAACAGCAAGUCUCGGCCGAGAAGCAGCGUCAACAAGACAACGCGAAGAUUGAAGAAUUGUCAAGCAUUGUGCGUAGUCUGUCCACGACCAUGCAGAACAUGGCUACCAGCCAGUCUGCCUUCCAGGAACAGAUUUUGAAGAUGCAGCGCGAGAACAAGUCGGAUGCUCAGUCACACAAGUCGAGUCCGUCUGCGGACGUGCCUGAUCCACAGAAGGAGGCCGAGGACGCUGAAAUCGCCGACAUGACACAGAAGCUGAUUGAUGGCAAAUACGAAGAGGCAACUAUCCAGUGGAUCUCGUCUGACAGACAGGCCGAGAUUUUCGACAAGCUCUUCGUUCGCGUCAACCCAAGCUAUCUGCAGUCAGUGCCGCCACUCGUCAUGUUGACAGUAUCCGCGGCCAUCACUUCUAGCUUCGACACUCUUGUCAGCGACCGCCUUGAGUGGCUCAGCCGUGUCCUGGGCUCCAUCGACAUGACAGACGCAGACAUUAGGGAUGUCGCGCCUAAGAUCAUGGACGUGCUGUCACAGCGCCUCCAGGGUGCAUACAUGUCGAUUUCGGAGAACACUCCCAACGAUCCCGCGCUUCGAACCAUCUCCCACCUCAAUAAGCAGGUUAAUGAGAUUCGACGUCUCGCGCAGUGA